UAUUACCUCCAUAUCACGUACCUGGUGAUGGAGGCCAAUGGUGAGAGGGCUUCACUUGCGGCUAAGUUCCGGACUCCCCUGGAGUGGAACAGCGGGAGUCAGGCCCAAAGUUGCACAGGUCGCCUGUAGGAGUGCUGGUUGCACUCAGAAGCAAAGCUGGUGUACGGAGAUAGGUCUGCAGACAGGAGGCGCCUGUGCGUGGUAUGCAAGCACUGCCGGGGUUUCGGUUCAAGUCAAGGUCAAGUACCAGCCGAGGUCAUACACAGAGGAACGAGAGAGAGAGUAUUCGUAAGCCAAGCCGAGGUCA